CGAGCCGCACGAGUCGCGGUUCGCUGCUGUCCGCUGUCGCCGUUCCUCACCGCACGGCCGGCAGCAAAAGCGUUCAGGCCGCAGCCCCGCACCGCCGGCAGCGAAAGCGUUCAGGCCGCAGCUCCGCACCGCCGGCAGCCGCGGCGCCGCCUCGGCCGAGCGGAAAGACUCCAUCCCCCAGAAGCCUCCGCAUUUCCGCUCCGGCGGCCGCCGGAUGUCGGGACGCUGCCGUCGUUUCCGUUUCCGCUCGGCCAGGCGCAGCGCGAUCGCGGGCGCCUGGCGUUCGGCACCCGAGUCAGGCUCCGGCUGUCGGUGAUCGGCUGUCGGCUUUGGGCUGUCGGCAGCCCGUUCUCGUUCUCUUCGCUCCGUCCGGCUGCCUUCCCCCUCCCCUCCCGCCUCCCGUCCCCUUCCCCGCGGUCGCGGAGCGCCGGCAGACCGAACGAGGCGGGGAGAGCCGCGGCGGAGCGGGGCGGCGGGGCCGCGGUUCCCUCGGGGCGGCGCUGGAAACAUCGGCAGCGUUUUGUCGGGCCGCCAUCUGCGAUAAAAGCAGGUCCGCUGCCUGUCCCCAAAGCCGCGGCGAUGGCCCUGCUGGAAGGAGGGGCUGAGCCCUGGAGCCCCGCCGCGUGCGGCCCCGAGGAGACGGCAGGAGAGCUCGGCCCAGCAGGAGGUGGGAGCGCAGCGGGGCAGGAGGCCGAGCGGCAGAGCGGUGCGUGCGAAAGGCGGAGCGGCAGCGCGUCGGCGGCAGGAAGCAGCAGGGACGAGCAGGGCGGCCCGGAGCGAGGAGAGCCCUGCAAGGAGCCGCCAGGAGAGGCGGGCAGCGAGGAAGCGAGCCGGGAGAGCAGGCAGGAGCCGCGUGAGGAGCCCAGCAUCGCCGCAGAGUGCUGCCUGCGUGCAGAGGCGGCGCCGCACGAGUGCCCCGACUGCGCCAAGCGCUUCCGGUGGAGCUCCGCGCUCGCCUCCCACCGCCGCGUGCACACGGGAGAGCGGCCCUUCAAGUGCCCCGACUGCGGCAAGGCCUUCAAGAGCCACUUCGGCCUCCUGCGCCACCGGCGCGUCCACACGGGGGAGCGGCCCUACGGCUGCGCUCUGUGCCCGCGCCGCUUCGGCAGCAGCUCCCACCUGAGCCGCCACCAGCUGGUGCACACGGGGCAGCGGCCCUACAAGUGCCCCGAGUGCGGCAGGAGCUUCGCCGCCAACUCUGACCUCACCCACCACCGCCGCAUCCACACCGGAGAGCGGCCCUACGAGUGCCCCGCCUGCGGGAAGGCCUUCAAGAGCAACUCGGAGCUCGUCCAGCACCGCCGCUGCCACACCGGAGAGCGGCCCCACAAGUGCCCCGAGUGCGGCAAGGCCUUCAAGAGCAACCCGGACCUCAGCCGCCACCAGCUGGUGCACACGGGGGAGCGGCCCUACAAGUGCCCCGAGUGCGAGCGGAGCUUCAGGAAUGCCUCCAACCUCAUUGCGCACCAGGCCGCGCACAGCGGGGCGGCGCCGUACGGCUGCGCUCAGUGCCCACGGCGUUUUCAGAGCCGCUUGGAGCUCAGCCGCCACCGGCGCCUCCACGGCGGAGAGCGGCCCUACGCGUGCCCUGCGUGCGGGAAGGCCUUCAAAAGGAACUCCCACCUCGCCUGCCACCAGCGCACCCACACCGGAGAGCGGCCCUACAAGUGCCCCGCCUGCGGCAAGGGCUUCGCCGGCAGCUCCGACCUCACCGUCCACCAGCGCAUCCACACGGGGGAGCGGCCCUUCAAGUGUCCCGAGUGCGGGAAGAGCUUCAAGAGGAGCCCCGACCUCAUUUACCACCAGCACGUCCACACGGGAGAGACGCCCUACAAGUGCCCCGAGUGCGGCAAGGGCUUCCGAAGGAGCUCCAACCUCAGCUCCCACAGGCGCCUCCACGGAGGCCGAGCGCAGCAGUGCUGAGUUGGUGAGCGGCUCCAGCGGCAGCUGCUGCCUCCUGGCCUCCCACAGACGCACAGCAGAGCCCAGACUUCACUGCCAGCCUGACAGCAUCGCUGCCUGUGCCCCGUUCCCUGCUCUGCUCGUCCUCCGAGCAGCAAUUUGAGGGUUUCCUAAGGAAAA